ACCGACUCGAUUCAUAGGACUAAAUUAGUAUAUUCGCUUACCUAAAAAACUAGUUGCUGCUACUUCUAAGUUCUAUCAACGCGUUGAAACGGCACAGCAUUUGCGUUUCAACCAACCGCACUCACAGCCCCAUCCCGCAGAUAAUUCACGAGGCACGCAGCAAUGGCGCAGCCUUUGAUGCUUCUGGAAAAACCAUUCCCUGGCCACGUAAUAAGUCUUACUGUUUCAUUGGACUAGAAGGAUGUAUAAUUUGCAUCUUAAGAGUAUGAACGUCCGGCCGAUACUCUACUUGAUGUAUCAGAUUUCAAAUCACAUGGUGUAGCCAGUCUAUCUAAUCGCUUCGCCGUGAUGUCUAUUGACGUCUAGGUGGCGGUGCAUUACCUAUCUCCAAUUUCUCCAUUAAGGCUCAUUUUUCAGUCUUUAGUGUCACUUAACAUAUUAAAGCUAUGUCAUUGGCAUAAACUAGCUUAUCGGCCACGACUAUUGUCUCAAUCGCUUAGUUAUAGCGUAGCGAAUGCGGGAAUGCGUUUAUUCCCUUCUUUUCCCGAAACCGAGCAAAAGAUCUAUAGGCUAAUCUAUAGUCUCAGCCCUACGCUAUGAUGAUGAGAUACCAAUAUGAUCCACUGCCGGGGGAGGCCUACGUUAGACUCGUCACUCUCCAUCCGGGCCGGUUCAACGAUGCCGUCGUCAUCUCUUUUCAUACUUCACCGUUCUCUAGCGAUGACCCGCCUCCAUAUGAGGCUCUAUCAUACACAUGGGGCUCGGGAAAACGCCAUUGGCCAAUUUACGUCACCGACCUUCUUACUACGACCGCAACGUUGUGGAACGUUGUACGUGCUAAGUUCAAGAGAGUCAUAUCCCAACAAAACCUGGGCAUUGCUUUGAAGCACUUACGUUAUGUCGAUAAGCCGCGAGUCAUGUGGAUUGACGCACUCUGCAUCAACCAAGCGGAUGAAGUUGAGAAAGGCUCGCAAGUCGCGAGGAUGAGCGAGAUAUAUCGACUCGCGCAUCGAGUAGUAGCCUGGAUCGGGCCGGAGGAGAACGACAGCGACCAUGCUAUGGAGUGGAUGGAUUUGCUUAGCUCUCAGGUGGAAGUUGAUUUUUCAAAAUUUGAGCUAAGUCCCGCAAAGAAUUGUACCGACCCUACAAUAGGCAACGUAGCUGUUCCCCUCGAUUUCGAUGCCAGGAGUGCGGUUUCGGUCUGUCAUCUGCUUUCUCGGCAAUGGUUUAGUAGAUUAUGGGUUCAGCAAGAAGUCGCCUUAGCCAACUCGGAAGCAAUUAUCAAGUGUGGUUUCUAUCAAGUUAAGUGGCAUAACUUUAAGCGAGCCUUAGCUUGUUUAUAUUUGAAGUCGAAAAGUUCGACCGUAGCGAGGGAGCAAUUUAACCUCGAUCUCAUGUCCCUCACCGGCUUCUUUCGCGGCACGACGCAAAAUUCCAUAAUAAAUUUACGAGAGAAUUUUGGAAAAUCGCAUUGUAUGGAUCCGCGGGACCGCCUCUAUGCCGUUUCAGCCUUAUUACCUGAAAUCGAACGGGCUUUCGUUUUACCUCCGGACUAUACCAAAUCCUACGCGGUGAUUUAUACACAUGUCGUAACUGAAUUCAUCAAGACUUAUCGUGGCUUAAAUAUCCUGACUAAAUGCGAGCUUCGGGACAACUCGCCGUGUCCGAGUUGGGUUCCUGAUUGGUCGGACUGCUUUGCUUGGGACCAUCGUAUAGCUGGGGUACACAUCCAAGCAUCCUCCCAGCUUGGUCCAUCGUACGAAUUUCCCGAGCAUGAGGUGUUGAGAGUGAUGGGUAUGUCUAAAGCAGAAAUUAGGGAAUGCCAUCAGGUUCCGAUCGUAGGUGACGCGGAUCCUCAUAUGGCUCUUAAAACCCUUCGGACAUUAGCCUCGAAACUAGGCGUUGGAGAGCAGACCACACUCGAGGAUUUCGCCCGGACUGUCGUCGAAGACGCACUUGCUGACAACUAUGAUGUACAAUCAGAUAUCUAUUUAGACAUAGACGAGGCUAAAGAUGUUAUCUCAUUAAUCAUGUCAGGCCACCAAUUCAAGGACGACGACUUCAUCUGGCCUUCCGCCUGUACGAAGCUGUUAAGAUGGGCCAGACUGUCGGGGGCACCAUACUUUCAGACCACAAGCGGUUCGACAGGGAUUGCUCCAAGGGCAGCACGGCCUGGUGAUGAGAUUUGUGUUAUUCUUGGCUGUGCUCUUCCCUUACUGCUUCGGCCUCUAGGCAAUGGGAAAUUUAAGUUGGUCGGUCCGUGUUUUAUGGUCGGUCUCAUGCACGGCGAGGCCUUCCUCGGACCUCUUCCCAAAAACAUUCGAAUGGUCGAAGCUUUUGAUAAUGAUACCAGUAGGUUGACGUUCUGGUUUAAGGAUGUCAUUUCUGGUGAACUAUUUUACGAAGAUCCACGGCUAAAGUCGCUACCUCUAGACAUCGAUCCUUUCCGUAGUUAUUUAUCACAACACCAUUCCGCUGUUCUCGCUACAGACCCGGAGGCAUUACAAGAAUGCGGCAUUGGCCUAAAGCAGAUUGACCUUAUAUAGCCUUAGCAUUAUUAUUCUAUAAUCCAACUCAGGGUAGAGAUUGAUAUCUCACAUAAUAUC